AUGUCAGCCAUCCUCUCUGCCGACGACCUGAACGAUUUCAUAUCCCCCGGCGUCGCUUGUAUAAAACCGAUCGAAACCCUUCCCACCGCGCCACCACCACAAGCUUCCGAAUCCCUCGAAUUCGAAGUCAUCCUCGACGGUCAGCAACCCUCUGCUUCACAACCCGCCGGCCCCGCGCAAAUAUCCCUCACCGACUGCCUAGCCUGCUCAGGCUGCGUAACCUCGGCCGAAGCCGUCCUCGUCUCCCUCCAAUCCCACAAUGAAGUCCUCUCCCUGCUGGACUCAGCCCCCAGCCUCGCCCUCUCCCAAGAUGGCACCACCAUAACCACCAACCUCGACGGAAACCCUUCCUCCAAACUCUUCGUCUGCUCUGUAUCCCCCCAAGUCCUCGCCUCCCUCGCCGCCGCGAUAGGAAACAACACCACCCAAUCCCAAGCAGCAAACAUGAUCACCCACCUCCUCUCCAACCCCUCCCUCGGCCUCCCCUCAGGCGGCAGACACAACAACGGCUUCACCUACAUCGUCUCCACCAACCGCGCCCGCGAAGCCUCCCUAGUCCUAGGCGCCGACGAAGUCAUCUCCUCCUCCUCCAACGACAUCAAAAAACCAGUCCUAACCUCCAGCUGCCCAGGCUGGGUCUGCUACGCCGAAAAGACCCACCCCUACGUCCUCCCCUACCUCUCAAAAGUCAAAUCCCCCCAGGCCCUCACCGGCACCCUCCUCAAAACAACCCUCUCCAAAACCCUCAACAUCUCCCCAGACAGGAUAUGGCACCUCUCCAUAAUGCCCUGCUUCGACAAGAAGCUCGAGGCCAGCCGGGAAGAGCUCACCGAUGCCGUCUGGAACAACACCUCCAACAACCCAGCCACAGCCACAACUCAAAAAGGAAUCAGAGACGUCGACUGCGUAAUCACCACCAAAGAAAUCCUCAUGCUCGCCGAAUCACGCAACAUCAAUUUCUUCUCUCUACCUACAACCCCCCUCCCCCAGACCACGCCCUUCCCUCACAAAACCAUGGGCGAUUUCCUUUUGCCUUUUUCCGCCCCGGGGAAGAAAAACGAACAGCAAUCCCUUUCUGCGGGCACCUCCGGUGGAAAUCUUCAUUACAUCCUCCACACCCUCCUCUCCCAAAACCCCGGUUCAACUUUGACCACCACCCGAGGCCGCAACGCCGACGUAAUAGAGUACUCGAUUCUCUCCUCCUCGGGGGAACAAAUCUUCAAAGCCGCCCGCUACUACGGCUUCCGCAACAUCCAAAACCUCGUUCGGAAGCUCAAGCCCGCCAGACCUCCCCGCAUGCCUGGAGGAAAACCGUUUGGUUCAGCUCGACGACCUGGAAAGGCCGCGGGAGCCAGCAACGCGCUGGAUUUCUCCUAUGUCGAGGUGAUGGCGUGUCCGGGGGGUUGCACCAACGGUGGUGGACAGCUCAAGGUGGACGACCCGAUUGUCCUCGAGAGGAUGGGUUUUGGUGGGACCGAAAACAAACCUGGGCCGCAGGAGCAAAAGGCUUGGUUGGAGGUGGUGGAUGAGGCGUACUUUUCUGGUGAUGAUGAGGAGACAUCAUCAUCUGAAAGGACAUAUGAUGGCCUCGUGGUGGCUGGGAUAUCACCCGGUUAUGUUCGGGAUGUGCUGAGGGUGUGGUCGGAGCUGACGUCGGUGCCGGUGGAGAAGUUGGCGUAUACCACCUUUCGGGAGGUGGUUAGUGAUGUGGGAAAGACGCAGACUGACACUGAACGGGUGGUUCAGUUGGCGGGGAAGAUUGGUGGUGGUUGGUAG